GAACAGAGGGAGCUGGACCUCGACACACAGCGGGCUGUCGCCAACGUGGAAGGGAGACAGCAUGACAUCAAGGUGGAUGUCGAGGCCAUCAAGUUGCAGUUCCAGUCGGCUAUGAGCGCGGUUGCAUCUGCAGGUCACCCGGAUGCCACUGGUGUAUCAGUCAUCGAUCUUGAGCUUCCUCCUGAAGUGCUCGGUGCAGGUGGUGCAGUGGAGGCCAAGGCCAUGUUGGCAAUUUCAGCAUUUGCGAAACUCAAUGAGCUCAUGGCGGCGAGAGUGGUCGCCAUGCCGCGACCACCUAUUCAGCAGCCGCCCGUCCAGCUGGCCCAGGGGCAGCGUCGUCAGAAGGCGAAGCCGCGCCGGCGGGAUCAGGCGAUGUAG